GAAGGAGAACAGACCGCCUAAAAGGCAACGAUCAGAAAACUGGUUGGAGGAAGAUAAGUAUUUGCUGAAAGAGUUGGUGAAAGAAAGAGUAAAUGCAAUCGAAAAUAAAAAUACAGACACUAACACGAAUAAACGGAAGGUUGCGGCUUGGGCUGAUUUACAAACAACGUUUAAUUCAAUGUGCGCUGGUAUGAACCGCUCCAUUACCCAGUUAAAAUCGCAAUGGAGCCUCAUAAAAAUCAGUGCGAAGAAAGACAAGACCAUUGCUAGGCAGGCUCAAAUUAAAACUGGCGGUGGUCCACCAUUAUCAGUGCCUGACGAUAGGGCUGAUGAUAUAGCAUCUUGGUUGCCCAAUGAAUUUGUAGUCGAUGUUAACAGAUUUGACUCGGACUCAAAUAAAAGUGAAUUAAUUAACAUUCAAGAGGAGGAAUCAACUCAAAAUACGCAAGAUCAGGAAUUGAUAAAUAAUGAAGAAAUCCAAUAUGAAUUGGUGGUACUUGAUGAAGAAAUAGAAGAUACACAUGCUUGUACUACUAGAGGCAUAUUGGAAGAUAAAGAAAAUAAAAAAGUAGAGGCAAAAGAAAAUAAAGCAAAACCUAAUUUUAAAGCACCAGCAAUCAAAAAAAAAAGGAAACUGUUAAACAAAGAAGGCUUAAUUGAUUUAAGCAAAGUUAGGAUUUCCGAAAUUGCAGAAACAGAAUCAAAAUGCCGGAUUGAACUGCAUGAAGUUCAAAUGGAAAACGAACGGAAGAAAGGGAGAAACUUGGAUCUUGAGCAUCAAUUAUUACAGGAAAAACUUAAAUAUUACACUCACAUUAAUAAAGAAUAAUAAGUCUUUUGAUGUUAAAGUUUUUCAAGUACUAACAGAUUCUAAAUAAUAAGUUAGUUCCUCCCUUACUUCUGUUUGUUUUUAAUUUGUAUUUUAUGCAGUUCCAAUCCGCAUUUUGAUUGUGUUUCUGCAAUAUAUUUAGACGGCUAUGAAUAUGUUUACUAGUCAUAACUUAAUAAGAGUUUGAGAUUACUAUUAACUAGCUGUUGCCCACGACUCCGCCUGCGUAGACUACUAUUUCUGUAACCUACAGGAUCUGUGCAUUUUUCCAGGAUAAAAAGAAGCCUAUAUGUUAUUCGAGACUAUAUAAUCUAUCUGUUUUAGCAAUUUAUUUGUU